UCCGGCCGGAAGUGAGGAAGGUGGGGCAUGUCUUAAUUCUAGCAGAAGUAAGAAGGUCCUGAGGGAGUAAGGAAGGGGAAGAGUGUCUUUGUGACACUGCUAGCAGCGUUGAGGGGAUGGGAGUCUGACGAGGCUCUCGGAGGGACCCAUAUCGCUGAGACACCACUGGCACUCUGAGGGACGCGUGUCGGUGUGGCACCGGUGCAUGCUGAAGGAGCGGGUGGAACUGGGUGACCAUGGGGAUGUGGGCAUCGGUGGACGCUAUGUGGGACUUCCCUGCGGAGAAGCGAAUCUUCGGGGCGGUGUUGCUCUUUUCCUGGACCGUGUAUCUUUGGGAGACCUUCCUAGCACAGCGGCAGAGAAGGAUAUACAAAACAACAACUCAUGUACCACCAGAAUUAGAACAGAUCAUGGAUUCGGACACAUUUGAGAAAUCUCGACUGUAUCAACUGGAUAAAAGUACAUUCAGCUUCUGGUCAGGACUCUAUUCAGUGGUGGAAAGCACUUUUAUUCUUCUCUUUGGAGGAAUCCCUUACCUCUGGAGACUUUCUGGACGGUUCUGUGGUUCUGCUGGUUUUGGGCCGGAAUAUGAGAUCAUUCAGUCUUUGGUGUUCCUUCUGUUGGCCACACUCUACAGUGCACUGACUGGCUUGCCAUGGAGCAUCUAUAAUACUUUUGUGAUAGAAGAAAAGCACGGCUUCAAUCACCAGACUUUGGAGUUUUUUAUGAAAGACACAAUCAAAAAAUUUGUUGUGACUCAAUGUAUUUUAUUGCCUGUGUCUUCUCUUCUGCUUUACAUUAUUAAAAUUGGAGGUGAUUACUUUUUUAUUUAUGCCUGGCUGUUCACAUUAGUUGUUUCUCUGGUUCUGGUCACAAUUUAUGCUGAUUACAUUGCCCCUUUGUUUGACAAAUUCACACCUCUUCCUGAGGGAAAGCUUAAACAAGAAAUUGAAGUGAUGGCAAAGAAUAUCGACUUUCCUCUGACUAAGGUGUAUGUUGUUGAAGGAAGCAAAUACCUGACUUUUAGCAAUGCUUACUUUUAUGGCUUCUUCAAGAACAAGAGAAUAGUUUUGUUUGACACUCUACUAGAAGAAUACUCUGUACUAAACAAAGAAAAGCAGGAGGAGCCUGGCGUGGAGCCCCGCAAUGAUGGCGAAGGAGACAGUGAAGAGAUAAGAGCUAAAGUGAAAAAUAAGAAACAAGGAUGUAAAAAUGAGGAAGUACUGGCUGUACUUGGCCAUGAACUGGGACACUGGAAGUUGGGACACACAAUAAAAAAUAUAAUCAUUAGUCAGAUAAAUUCCUUCCUGUGUUUCUUCUUGUUUGCCGUGCUAAUUGGUCAGAGGGUACUUUUUGCUGCCUUUGGUUUUUAUGACACCCAACCCACUCUGAUUGGACUCUUGAUCAUCUUUCAGUUCAUUUUCUCACCUUACAAUGAGGUUCUGUCCUUCUGCCUAACAGUCCUGAGCCGCAGGUUUGAGUUCCAGGCCGACGCUUUCGCCAAGAAACUUGGGAUGGCUAAAGACUUAUAUUCUGCUUUGAUCAAGCUAAACAAAGACAACCUGGGCUUCCCGGUUUCUGACUGGCUGUUCUCCACGUGGCACUAUUCACACCCUCCACUACUAGAGAGGCUUCAGGCUCUGAAAGCCACAAAACGAGACUGAGCCACUCGGGGACUGGACACACUUGUGAUUAUUUCUGGCCCGGCAGCAUGUUCCAGCUCUUGAUGGUUUCAAGUUUUUAAGGAAAAUGGUUAAGUCCAUAAAAGUCCAGAUUCAAAUACAUUUACUAUCUCAUUUCAAAAAUGACUUUAAUAAUCCAUUUCUUAAAACACUGGAUAAAAAUUUGAGGCUUAAUAUUUUUAAAGCAUAGUCUUAUCUAACAUCUGGUUUACCAUCAAUUUGUAAAAUUAUUUAAGGCAAUGCACAACUUGUUUUAUUUCCUCACUAUGUGGAAUCUGCAUAUAGGGUGUUCGGGUUGUAUGUUGAAAAGGGAAAACACCACCUCUGAGUAUUUUCUGCAAGACAGAAACAGAAAGAGGGGUCCCAAUCAUUGUGCGUGUACCUCCGUGGAAUUUGUUUUUACCUUCAUGCUGUUAUGACUUCACCUGGCCAAUCAGUGUUUUAAAUAAGAAAGAAAAGUAAAAAUGAGUGAGGCUGAUGCUACUGAAAUAGAAGUUGUUAGUCUGUAUUGUACUGUUGUACUCACAAAGCUUUCUGUUCCUCUCUCACACCAAUCAGGAACCCCUCCCUCCCUUCUUUUUUUGAGAUAAGGUCUCGCUCUAGCCCUUGGUGGCCCCAGACUUAUUCUUUAGCCUAGCAUGGGUUAGACUUCUCAUCAGGCCUCCUUCCAAAUGCUGGGGUUGAGGAUGUGAGCCACCACACCCAGUUUAGGAAUGACUCGUACUUGAAAGUCGAAAUCUUUCAAAUUAUUGAGUUUGGGUUUGCUUUUAAGAAAGUCUUAAUUUUAAGCCAGGCUUGAUAGCACUUACCUUUAAUCACCGUGCUUGAGGCAGAGGCAGGUGGAUCUGUGAGUUGAGGCCAGCCAGGGCUACGUAGUAAGACCCUGUCUGAAGAAAGAGAGGUGGGGAGGGAGGAAAGAAAAUCAGUCUCAAUUCUUACCGUUUCUCCCACCUGGCCUUACUAGAGGUAAGCUAGCCUUUUCUCAUUCAGUUUUCCCAGCAAAUAACAGUACACCCUUUCACUUAGCAGAAGUUGCCAUAUUAUACACAUUUCCCAAUGUUAAAUGUGGCAGAAUAUGAAAGAAGAGAUGACAUUUGAAAAGACAUAAAGGUGAAAUAUUCAUGAUUCUCUUAUUACAGAAAAAAACACAGUUUUCUAUCUUUUUUCAAGGACAGAGGUCUCUGCUUUCAUUUUUGUAAUCUUUUUAUUCACAAGAUUCCAUGUUUUUAAUUAUAACUCUUGGUCGUCAGGCAGAUGUUUACUCUCAGAGACAGCAGCACACAAGAUUUCCAGAGGUAAAGGUGUGAGCUUGACUGCUUCCAGUCUGUCUGUGUGCUGAGUGAGAACCGUGCUGCGCCCGCCACUCCCACUCACCGGGCCUGUGCCUCUCCUGGGCAUUUACUCCACAGUGUGCUGACGGCACUGUGAUCGUCUUGUGCUCUGCUGACGUGUGAGUGGUGCCUUCACACGGACCACAGCAGCCCCAAGCUCUAGUUCAGCGCUGCAUUCUUUCUUUCCUACAGCUCAGCAGAGCAGCCCACGGCUUCUCUGCAGCAUCCUUUCCUAUGACUUCAUGCUCAGAUAAUUGCCUUUCCUUCCUCUGUGCCUUUAAAUACACCUUUCAGUUCUGCACAAGUGAGACAUUAAAAGUUGCCAAUGCAGAUUUAUGUCCUGA